UGUGUCAGUUGAGCGCGAGAUUCGAAGCGCGGCGGUUGGGACCGGCGGGGUUUUGGGUCGGUACCGCCGCCAUCAUUAUGGCGCUCUCUUCGUUCCAGCAGCUGGAGUCGCUGAAAUACGCCGAGCUCCAGCGGAUCGCGAAGACUGCCGGCCUGAAGGCCAACCUGCGGGCAGACAAAUUGUUGAAAGCACUGAAUCAACACUUUAAUGGAACCAAACAAGAAAAUGAAAAUAUGGACUCUGAAAAAUGUGCAUCUGCUUCCAUUGAAUCAGGUGAAAUGAGCAAUCAUGAGGAAACUAUGCCUCAUUCAGUGUCUCUUAUUAGAAAAAGAUGUGGUAAAGAAAAGAAAAUAACCAGAAAAAAGAGGAACUCUAAGGAGGAAACUAAUACCAAUGAAGAAAAUACAGGGCUUUCUGAAGAGAAAGAGGAGCAUUCUGAAAUGAAAGAAAACGAGGUGCCUUGGGGUGAACAAGACAAAGGACAGAAGGUGUUGCAAAAGGAGGAACAAGUAACUAAAAAGACAGCUAUUGAGAAGCAAGGGUUGGGUGCUGGUCAGAAAGAACAACCAGAGGAGACUUCUACUCAAAGUGGUGGAGAUGCAUGUGAUGUUCACCAUGCAGGAGGGAAGAUCCCUUUAUAUGUAGGCCGUGCAUCGAGGUCUGGGAAAAGAGGAAUGAAAGCUACUACACCAAACUUUAAAAAGUUGCAUGAGGCUCACUUCAAGAAAAUGGAAUCUAUUGAUGACUACAUUGAGAGGAAAAAGAAGAUGAUUGAGAACUGCAGCAGUUCACUCAAUGAAGUCAAGGUGUUGGCCAAAAAAUCAAAUCACCUGAGAGCAUCAGAAAAAGGCACUCCGCAUAACAAUUCUAAGAAACAAACCAGUGGCAAAACAUUUUUAUUCAGCCCAAAUCCUGAAAGAGGCAGAUUCUCUGCCACCCACACUCCUGCUAAUCUCCGGCACUCACCACGCAAUUCGCUGAAUGCUGCCAAUCGGAGUAUUUUAUCUAGGAAAUCUUCAUUUAAUCCUGUCCUUUCAACAACCAAAAUGAAUGUCAGGUUCUCAGAAGCCACAAAAGAUAAUGAGCAUAAACGCUCUCUUACCAAGACUCCAUCUAGAAUGUCUCCGUACUUGGAGGAGAACUGCACACCUGGUAGCCAAAAGAGCUGCAAGCUAAUAAGUCAGAAAAACAGCAAGGGAAAUGCAAGAAAUAACGAUCUGACUGCAUCAAAGGUUACCACCCCCUUCAAGUUUGCAGCUAACUCUGCAGAACCCACAAGCACAAAGAAGACAUUUGAUCUCAAAGCAAGUCUCUCGAGGCCGCUUCGAUACCAGCCACAUAAAGGACGACUAAAACCUUGGGGAGAAUUUAAAGAAAAUACCGUCUUAAAUAAGUCUGUGAGUAACAACAUCUCUUCACGUAGGAGAGAUUACAAACAGCCACAUCUCCAGACAAGGGAAGAAAGGCGUGAGAAACACGAGCAAGAGAGAAAAAAGAAAAAGGCUCAGGCUCUUGGAAACCGUAGAGGACUAUCUGCGUGUUAGAAAUAUCUAAGAAAUCACUGUAAAUACUGUUCCUGUCAUGUAAAUAUUUCUGCUGUCUGUAUAUGCUUCAGGUUGCCAUUAGCUAGUGGAAUCCAGAGGGCAUUGAAUGAGACCUUAUAAUGCAUCUGAGUGUAAUGUUUUAGUGAUCAACUUCUCCAACAAGAUAAGAAUUCUAAACUUUUAGGAGCUUAGAACUAUCUCUAGUUGCUUAAUAACACUUUCAUUUAACUAACUCAUUUUACUAAAGAUGUUAAAGCAGAAAAUUUAAGUGGAAAAGUAGAAAAAAGAUGCUCAAGAAGCCUCCUUGCAACUUAAGGCAGAUUUCUCCAUCAGAAUGCAUUUGCCACCCACUAGAAUGCAGACUUUCAAUAGCAAGCUUCAAACUAUUCCACUGGUAAAUUACAGGAGUUGGAGAUGUCUGCUUGCCCUGUUCUCCAGAGUGAUCCUUAAAUUCUGUAACAACUGUUACAGCAAUUAUUCAGCAUUUCUAAUUGUGCAUGCCUAGGAAGUAGUAGGGAAUUUCCAAGAGAAGAAAAAAUAUGCAAGCUCUCUGGAAAACUAAAAGCUUACAGCAUUACAUAACUGUAAAAUACCAUAUUUUAAAAAAGUCAUAACUGAAAAGUGGCUUUACAAAUUGCCAACUGGAUGCUUUGAACAAUUAAUGUUUUCCUUUCUAUGCUAAACAGUAGAUGUUAACAACAUUCUUCAGCUUUUCAUUUGUAUGAUGCUUAAAAGAGGUUACAGUAGUGUUUAGGCACAUUCAAUACCUUAGAUCUAAAAGUUGUUGUUCGUUUUAAAAAAUUCAUAGGAAAGCUGUCUGGAUUUAUUAUGGAUAGAACUGGAAAGGUAAUUUAGCAGUUAUUUGCUCAAAAUUCUAGCCAAGAUUAAAAUUGUUUCAGUGAAUUUAGUGCCCUAUCAAAUAUAUGCCCAAAUGUCAAGAACAAGCAAAGUUUUUUAUAAACUUAAUGGGAAUGAAAUAAAUAUUUUGUCUAUAUCUUGUUUAUAAAUAAUUAUAUCACCUAGUGUACUAUGUAUAACUACCUCCUUACUGCAGCACUUGUGUUUACUACUCUGUGUCCUUGUGUGAUGAGUUUUCCUUACCUAUUAGCCUGCCUACCACUUCAUAAAAGCAUGUUUGUUCCAUUAUUUUUAGAAACAACAACCCUAACCUCUCUUUUGCUCUUAAUUCUGUGCAAGAGGAAAAUGAUACUAUAAGACUUCAGCUUGCUUUCUUGUGGCCUCUUCCAUAUAAGAGAUAGGUACAUUUAAUAUUUGUAAAGUACACUUAAUCAAGGUCACUGCAGAGGAGGUCAGUGCUUUGAUUAGACGAUGUUUGUGACGGCUGAAAUGAAACCAUUCAACGCUUGUUCUUUAAAGUUACUGAAAACCAGACUUCUCAGAAAAAGGGAGGUAGUGAGCUUCUGUGCCACCCCCUGAGGCUGUGACUUCUUACAAUAGAGCUGAGCGAAGAUGAUGCCACGCAUCAGAAAGUAUGAUCUGACCUGCCCUGUAAUGGUGCUCAUCAAGGUGAGCUGUGCCUCCGCGGGGAGCAGACAGCCAUAGGGGCUCCCCCCCUAGACCACCCUUGGAACACCACUUCUGUUCAGCAGCCUUCGCUCUAUAAAGCUGUAGGACUGUCAUCAACAGCUCUAGGGAAAAGCCCAGCCCGCUGCAUAGCUACUGUUGCAAUCUUGGCAGGGGCAGCUUUUUCUUUUUUUAGUUAUUCAGAGGAGCCAAAACUAAAGGUUGAAAUACCUCUGCCUUUUCCACUUCUGGGGCUGCUCUUUGUAAGUUUCAGUGGCUGAGCCACACUUAUGCACCCUUCCUUAGGCUAUUAAUUCUCAUACUUUUCCCUGGUUUAAAAGUAGCAGAUUCAAGUGUUUUAUGACUGCCUACAAACCAUAUAAUGUAGAAAAUGAAACUGUCAUACAAAAAAGAACUACACCAGGCUCAUGAAAUAUUUUAUUUCUGUAAAGGUCAGGACAGAAGCCAAAACUUACCCAGUCAACAGUCUACUUUGUAAGAACGUAUCACAGCUCUCCUCAGGCUGUGUUCCAGUCCAUGUACGUACAGUCUCUCCAGGAUUCUGUAUUUGGCAGCUCAAAGAUGCCAACAGUGUCACUCUUAGAUUACUACUAUAACACUUCACACGCUUAUCUCUUUCGUGUUUACACAGAAUCUCCAAGUUGUGAUAAGCCGCACAUUAAGAAGUGUU